AUGUCUAAAUAUAGACCCAUCGUUCAGCCGCCCUGGAAGAAAUCCUACUAUUUUAGACCCGGUUGUUUGUUGCCAUGUGUCGCUAACAAGAAAACAAUAGAAAACGAUGUCAGAAAUCUGACUAUAAGAAGAGACGACAUAUUUAUUCUUGGUUAUGUUAAAUCCGGGACUCAUUGGACCACUUCUAUAGUCGAAGCAAUUGUUAGCAUUGACAAUCCAGAAGACGUGGUUAGACAUUCUCAGUCUGUUACUCUGGAAAUGGGUCCACUUGAUCACCCGAAUCUCUUUGAAGUCGGUCUCACUAAAGACAUGGUCCCGGUGUCUGGUGCUAGUGUUAUGAAAAAACGACCACUGACGAGGCCACGUAUAAUGAAAACACAUCUGAUGCCAGAAUUUAUGCCAAAUGCGUAUUUUGAGAAGAAACCGAAGACAAUUAUAGUCACCAGAAAUCCAAAGGAUGUAGCCGUGUCCUUAUUCAAUUAUCACCAUAUUACAAAAGUGUUGGAACCAAUUAAAUGGGACAAUUUCAUCAGAGAAUAUUGCAACGAGAACACCGAAUAUGGUUCAUACUUUCAAUAUACAAUUGAUUGGGCUAAAUAUAAAGAGGAACCAUGGACCAUGUUUAUCAGAUAUGAAGAUAUCAAACAGUCUCCACAAGAAUACAUCUUGAAAAUUGCCAAAUUUCUUGGCAAGAAUCUAACAGAUAAACAAAUACAAGAGGUAGCUCGUGUGACAGAUUUUCAGUUUAUGAAAACAAACUCGGUUUUCAUUACGGAGUUUCUGAUGCGAAAGGGACAACGGCUUCAAAGGAAAGGUAAAGAUUGA